AUGGAGGAGAAAGACAGGCGGGAGGACGAGGAGGAGCGGGAGGAGCGGGAUGAGAAGGAGCAGCAGCAGGAGGAGGAGCAGGCGUGGACGGAGGGGCGGGUUGAUCCUCAAGAGCAGGCCGAGGUAGAUGAUGGGCAAGAUGAGCAGCAGGAAGAUCGUGAGGAACACGUUGUGACGACGCCUCAAAGAAAAGGAGAGGUGCAGGACUUGUUCACCACAGCAGCGCAGGUCUUGGAGAUCAGGAGGGACAGUUUCCGCGAGGCUGAAGUCGAGGUCAUGGGCACGACGACGCAUGAAUGCAUGAUGCCGAGAGCCUCGCCCACGGGGGCGGUCACUGCGGGCACGCUGUCCCAGCGCGCCGCCGAUGGUAUUUUCGCAUCGUGCAUGGACCUGCUAAGCCGUGCCGAGGUCGGCUUCAUGUUGGGCAAUUGUGAGUUCUUCUUUUGCGUUCGGAGCGACAAACCGUUCCGCUGCGCGCCCGCCGGUGACACAUCCGCUCACUUCACGGCGGCUGCAGAGGCAGCCCUGCGGCCCGAGCUGGGACCAAAAAACCUGUUCGUGAGACCAGACAGGCAGAAGAUGAUCAAAGCGAGCCGGGUCAGCUUCGACAGGCACGCUUUCUGGGGCGUCGGCUUCGCUGCGAACGGAGCGCCGAGCCCGCUGCUGAUGGCGGCGCAGUGCCGCCACCCGGCCGCGGUCGCGGCGCUGUGCGAGCACGGCGCGCGCGUGACGCCCGAGGUGCUGGAGGAGGUGAAGCUCAUCUCGCAGGAGUCGCGCCGCGUGAGAAUCGACGAGAUCCUCAGGCCACAGGUCCAGGGCGACCCGAACAUGAAGCUGCCCCUGUGGGUCUGGGUGCAGGCCGGCAGCCUCCCCGCCGUGGAGGCCCUCCUGCGAAACGCCGCGCACGACGAGGCGGUCGGUGCGGACGUCUUCAUCGCGCUGCACCGCAGCCGCGGCGACGAGGAGACCAGGAGAGGCAUGGCCGAGAGGCUCCGCGAGCACGUUGGGGAGGCGCGGCUCAGGCACUUGCAGACGUCCGCAGCGACGCGAAUGCUCAUGCUGGAGCUGCGGCAGGCCCACGACGAGGAGCGGGACGUCGAGGUCUCGACCGUGCGGGAGGCGCUGGCCCUCGGCGCCGACGCCGCCGCGCGCGAGGAGGGCCACGAGGACGAGGAGGAGGCCGAGGGCGGAGGCUACGGUCUCACAGCGCUCGACUUGGUGGCCAUGAACAGACGCAGCAGCGCGGACUCCGUGCGCAGCACGAUCGAGGUCCUGCUGGAGGCCCGGGCGGACGUGAACGCGGAGACGGAGGCAGUCACGCCCCUGUUGGCGGCGCUGCACCACUGCCACGUCGCGGCGGUCGAGGCGCUCUGCAAGGGCCCUGUGAAGUUCACGGGGGAGAUCCUGGACGAG